AACGCAAUUUAAAGGCAUGACAGAGAUGACUUCUCUUGCAAAACAACUUCAGCGUCUAGCUGUUCCUCACACACAGACUAUACUUGGUGAAGAUAAAAAGAAAGCCUCAUUACUGUUUGAUCCAAAAGAGGCAGCAUCUAUUGACAGAGAGACAUUUUAUGCAUUAGGUUUAAAUGGUUUGGAGGAGUUGGAAACUAUUGAUGAGGACUUCAGUGAAUUUGAGACCAGUCUAUUUGGAGACUCCUCCUUGAUGUUUGAGAGAUCUGUGCAGACAAAGGAGAUUAAUGCAAAACUAGACAAGACCAUACAAAAGUUUCUGAUACAUGUGUCACCUUAUUGUCUCCUUAAACCUGCACAUAAAGCUAUUGAAUGGCUAAUUCACAGGUUUCAUAUCCACUUUUACAACACUGAUGUGCUGUUAUUAUGCUUCCUACCUUACCAUGAAAGUAAAAUCUUUGCUAGAGUUCUACAACUGGUGAAAUUUGAUUCAAAAACAGCCUCAAAAUGGGACUUCUUAGAACCUUUACAAAAAUCUGGGGUACACUUGUCUCGGAUGACUUUAGUGAACCACUGUGCCACUGAUGUAGCAUUCCUCUCAUUUGUCUGUGACAUGGUUCCAACAGCUGUUAAGGAAAGUGUUUUAACAGAAAAAGGAGAGAAGCCCAAAUGUAGAGUAUUGUUUUCCUUCUAUGCUACGACGGUGAUAGGAGUCUUGGACACAGCGUCCGAAUCAGAGGUCAUUGUAUCAACUUUAUUACCCCAUGUUACAACAGGAAUGAUGUCAGGUGUCCAUGAAUACAAGGCUGCGUCGUACAUGAUCCUAGCACAGCUUCUUCACAAGAUGAAACUUAAAGCCGAUCUUGUCAAGUCACUGCAACGUGUUCUAGCCAAGAGUAUGAUUCAAGACUUGCUUGGGGAAGCAAUGUCCUGCAUGCUUCUGAUGUUUCAAACACAAGAUGUCACCAAUUAUGGUAUCACUAAAAAGACUUUCAAGUACAUAUGUCAGCAUCAUGGUAUCGUGGAUGUUUUGUGUCAUCUUUACACACAAUUUGAGGCAGCUCAGUUCUUGACAUAUUUCCUUGAUCUGUUGAUUCCUGCAGCCUUCAAACAUGCUGUUGGCAUAGCAACUAGUGGAGAGAGCAGUGCAUCAGAGUCAUCUGGAGGUUUGAAGGAAUAUAUGUCCAUGUUACACAGACUCUUGUCUACUCUCAGUCUUCCAGAUGACACAGCAGAAAUGGCUGCAUACAAAUUCCUGCAAGUUUUUAUAAGGCAUGGAAGCAAACAUCUGGAUAAUGAUGUUGAUGACAGAAUCAAGGAAAGUUUACAAGGAAUUGUUAGGCAGCUUGAAGGAAAACAUUCGGCUGCUGUAGACAAGGCUAUCAGUAAAAUACUGACAGAGUGUAAAAACUCGGCAGAGAAAGACUUGGUGAACGAGUUUCUCAAUCUGUAUGUAUUGUCCGUACCACAUCAGUUAAUUACUGACAGUGAGACGAGUCUUGUUCUGUCACUGAAUCAUAGACUGCCUACAGUCAGGAAGAAAGCUGUAGCCACACUUAUACAAAACAGAGCAGAGCUUGAAGAAGAUGGGUUUCUUAAGGAUUCACUAACUUUACGACUUCAAGAUGAGGACCCAUGUGUGGUACAGGCAGUUCUAGCUAUUGGUCAGGAAUUAUGGUCAGUGAUAGAUGAUGAUUUACAGACAUGCAAACUUCUUCUCAAACCAAUAUUUGAAUAUCUUAACAACCAGCAAGGCUCGGCUGUAAAUGAAAGGAGACAGUCUGCAUGUUUAGCGGCUGAGAUAUUAGGGAAUUAUUGUGGCGACAAUACCAUGGAAAUAUUUACAAGAUGUCUUCCAUGCUUGUUUUUGACUCAGAAGUCCAAGGAGUCGGUAAAAAUAAUUGGAAUGUUACUGGACUCAAAACUUACUUCUAAACAUCCUGUUCUUGUAGAGGUCAAAAAAGAAUGGACUGCUGUAUCGAAAACUGUAACAAAAGAAUCAGCAGAUAUAGGCAUGAUGGACACCAGCAUUGCACAAUGUCUGGCUCACGGUCUGUGUCAUGCCAUCACACAAAACAAUCUACAAAUUGUGCGCGACUGGACUAAUAUAGCUGGGAAAGCAGACAAUGCAAGGACAGUAUGUUUAAUGUUGAUUGUACUUGACAUCCUUGUUACUAUGAAUACUGAUAGUAAAAUCAGGUUGGAGUUGUGUCUGCUGCAGAUACAACUAAUUGAUAAUAUUCAGCGAGCACAGAUGGUGCAUUCUCGUAAAGUCAAAGUGCAAGAGAUGAACAAGGGAUGGAAGGGGAUUAUAACUGAUGAUAAACAUUUGUUACUGGCAGUAAAAAACAACCAAGUGCUUAGUACAAUGUGCCAAAAAGCUGUGGCUGGUGUCAUUAAAGUGCUGAAGGUGCCAAAACAACUUAUACAAGCACCGGUGUGGCAGUUGUCUGGAGAUGAGACAGAGAGUGAUGUUUUUCUGUGUGUAUCAGUACUCCUAUACAGAUUUCUUCUUGCUGAGGUCUCCACUAAAGUUGGUCAUAUAUACAUAGUGAUGCUGCAGUCAAUACAAAAGACUUGUUUCAAUAACGCUGAGUUAUAUUUGAAGUUUCUAUGCUUAUUAUGGACUCAGCAUGCUAACAACAGAGUAAAUGACCUUGGCCUAACAUUGACCUUACAAGCAAGGUCAUUGAAUCUAGGUCAUGCUUUUGUGAAAAGUUUAGAGGGAGAAGAUAGGAAAAGAUUCUUGCAGUCACCAACAGCUAUGUCAGGACUCCUACUGGUGUUGACCAGUGAGCAGGCUCAGAUCAGACGAGCUGGUGUUCAGGUUAUCAAAGAACUGUAUUCUAUAGCUGAGGAAGAAAGCACAAUGUUUUCAAGCCUUCAUAAAAGAAUUGUCCGAUGUGAAGAAGAGAUUGAGUCAGAUUCUAUGUACAUUAACCAAUUAAUUGGUCAGCACUUUAAGCAUACAUCUGCCUCAGAAACUGUCAGUAAGAGGUCAAAGAGAAGGAAAUCUGAAGGUGGUGGUCAAGACAAAGAUAUCAAACAGUCAGCAUUGAUGUCAUUGUUAGAACUGAUUAUCAACCAAUCUACUCCUGGAUAUAUGCAGUACAAAAUGCUGGUUGUUUUUUCACAGCUCAACAAUAAGGAUGUGUUAGAAGCAUUGUUACCUCUGAUGGAGAGACUAUUGGACCAGUCUGUUGAUGAUAUGCCAGAGAUAGACAGUAAAUGUUUAAAUCUCCUUGUGCAGAGAUUUACACUGGAUACUAGUGACUGUCUGUCAAAGGCAUCAAAAGGAUUACUACUGUUUAUAAAGACUUUAAAACUUCACCAGGAAGUCUCGGAGAAUAGCCAGACAUCUCAGAUGAUUGCUGUGUCUCAGGUAACAAAGGAGUUAUUUGGUGCAAUAGAGGAUGAUUCUCAACAUGAAGUGAUGAGUACAUUGUUUGAUGUAUGUGUAGAUACUAAACAUCUGUUGGUAGCCAAUCUAAUUAGGAAAACACUCAAACAUCUGUCAGUGAAUGGUGAGCAUAUAGAGAAAGAGUUGAAGAAAUGUCUUGACAUUCCAACUGCCAAAACUGUCCGUGAGGCUAAAAGAUUGAAACGACCUGACCCAACUCCACAAUCAGUAGGGGACACAGAGUUUGACUCUCGUAUUUGGCAGAGGGUAACAGUGGUGCUAGAAGCUGUACAAAACAAGAAGAAAAUACAAAACUAUUACUGUCUAGUACCUGUGUGCUUCCAGUUAAUGUCAAGCAUACUAGAAUCAGAUAAUCAUGUAGCUGUAGAGUACAUCAAACAGCUGAUACUGACCCUCAUGUAUAAUAUAUGUACCAGACUGGAUAAACUAGAACAAGAUGACAUUAUACCAGAACAACAGUUCAACAUGGAUUUGAUCAUCAACUGUAUUAGGUCGUCAGAUAACCCACAGACACAUCAUCAUGCAUUGUUGUUGCUCACGGCUGCAGCUAAAAUAUAUCCUGAGCACCUGUUACAUAACAUGAUGUCUGUGUUCACAUUUAUGGGAGCUAACAUAAUGAGACAAGAUGAUGCCUACAGUUUCCUUAUCAUCAGUAAAAUACUAGAGACUGUUGUACCUGCAUUAAUUACUGCAUGUGAGCAGAGAAAGCGUGUGCCUAAAGGCAUCACCAACGACCCUGAUGAUAUAAUUACCAUGGUUAUACAGGUGUUUGUAGAUUCAUACCCGUAUAUACCGGAACAUAGACGGCAACUUCUAUUUAACAAACUCAUGACUGUAACUGGUGAGGAGAAAUAUCUGUGGAGGACUCUACUUCUGAUGAUGAAACAUGUGGUUACCAAGGGGACACUGAAGGCAGAGCUGACAACUGAUUCCCAAGAGGUAUCAAGUGAUACCGAGUUUUGUCUGUCCAUGUGUUCAGAGUUUACAGCAGCUGUACAGUUGUUAGCUGCUAGAGAAAUGAUGAAUUAUCUACUGAAACUACCAGAUGACAAGGAUGAUGAUGUUGUAAAAGUUGUUAGAAAGGGACAGAAGUCCCAGUCAUUUGGAAAACUUCACAAAGAGGAUGCUCUUGUCUUUAAUGUAGCUGUACAUACAGGGAAACAACUGAGAUACUUCAAAUAUGCCGCAAUCAAUCUCCUUGUUAACUUGUUCUCCAGUAUAGACUUCAUAUAUCAGAUUACUGAGAGUGCUGAAGAUUUGAGUGGAGAGUUUCAGCUGGUACUAGAGACAGCACUCAAGUUUGUGUCACACAUUACCAACACUGCUAACAGAUCACAUGCUAAACCUACAGCUAAAUACUGGAGAGCUAUACUUCAUAAAUCUCAUGAUAUGCUCGAUAAGUUUGUGUCCCUGUUGCCUGAUGAUUUGUUUGUUACUGUGAUUGGUGGAUUGUUGUCACAUGACCUACCAACUAUACAAAGAAAAGCCAUGGACUUACUCAACUCUAAGUUACAACAACAGAAAGAAAUGAAACCAGCAGAGGUUGAAGGAAUGUUGUCCAUUGUUGAUCAGCUUAGAAAAUUGGUAAAUCACCUUGCCGCGGGUGAUGUCAUCUCGGAGGAGAACUCUAUCAACUGCCAGACUGCAUUUAUCUCCCUUAAACUGUUAUGUAGACAUUUAGGAAAUGUUCAUAAGGAGACAUUCUGUAAGGUAUUGAAGACGACUAUAACAGUGUUUAAACAACCUGGUAUAAACCACCAGGUAGCAUCUUGUGCAUUAUUGUGUAUAGCUGAGAUUGUUUCAACACUGAAGGUCAAUGUGAUUGCUCAGCUGCCAAAGUUCAUGCCACCUCUCAUAGCAGUAAUGGCUGACAGGGAAAACCUCUUUAAGAAUGAACUGUAUGUGAUAAGUGUAGUCACAGCUGUGAACAAACUCGUGGAAAAUUUGUCAAACUUUCUCAGUCCAUAUCUACAUGACAUUGUCACAAAUGUGUGUAUACUGUCAACUGAGGCAAUGCAGAAUGACAUAUUACAGAAACCACAAGUUGCUCUUAGACUGAAAACAAUUAGGACUACACUAUCCACGAAUAUACCUACCCGUGUUUUACUUCCUGUUGUCACAACUUGCUACAACCACCUGGUGAAAUCAAAUCUGAUGAGUGUUUCAUCAUUGAUGUCUUUAUUUGGAGAGCAUGUGUCACAUAUUACACGAGAAGAUCUUACAAGCCACCUGUCGUACCUUCAAACUUUCUUCCUGCAAUGUCUAGAUAUACGUAUAGACUUCCCAGCGUUGGAUGAGGAGAAGUUGUCUAUGAUAGAAAGUGUUACCAUAGAAACAAUUAUCACCAUGGUUAUGAAACUGUCAGAAUCAACAUUUAAACCUUUCUUAUUCAAAAUAUUUGAUUGGGCCACAACCAGUGAGGAGUUGAGAGAGAGAAUAUUGGUGUUCUAUAAAUUAGCUGAAAGGUUGGCAGAGAGGUUAAGAAGUUUAUUUACUUUGUUUGCUGGUCAUAUUAUAUCACAUGCUGCAAAAAUGCUGGAUGAAAAUAACAACAUUAAACGAGAGGAAAGUUUUUUCCAAGAUGACAGUGAGGAAUAUGAGAAAUCUUGCCAGUUACUGGAGUACAUACUUGACUGUAUCAAUAAAUGUUGUAUGUAUGAUACUGAAGGUUUCAUCAAUAAAGAAAGAUUUGAUCUACUUAUGCAACCUCUUGUUGAUCAGUUGGAGAACCAGCAAGGCAGCGAGGAACAAAGUGAGAAUAGAAGUAAAGGAAGCACCUGGUUCCCUGCAAUCGUACAGUUGUGUGUAGCUGCCCAGGAUGAUUUCUAUGGAGGGCUCUUAACUAUCAAGUUUGUCUAUUUACAGGGAAAAAAGUCAGCAUUGGUUACACUAGACAUGUUACAUAAGAAGUUAGGGGAAGACUACAUGCCUCUACUUCCAGACACUAUACCAUUCCUUGCUGAACUUAUGGAAGAUGAGUCUGAAGAAGUUGAGAAGAAAUGUCAUGAAGUUAUCAGAGAAAUGGAGAAAACUUUGGGAGAACCUCUACAGAAAUAUUUCUAGAUUAUAAAUCUGAUACCAUUACAAUACCUCGGUAUUAUUAAUAAGGAACUUAAGUUGUGUGAAAUUAUUUGAAAAUAUGCAUAAAAAACUGAAUUAGAAAUAGAGAGACACAACUUUUUGUAAAUGAAAGUAGAUUUGUAACACAAACACAGAUAUAUUGGAUUGUUUAAUUUUCUGAAAAAGUUUUUUUUUUAGUCAUUUAGAUAUCAUUUUGUUGCUGUUCUAUCAUAGCUAAUACUAAAACAUACACCCACUGUCAUCAAAAGUAUUUUGUUAUGUUGAUAAAUUAUGUAUUUUAAAGGAAUGAAAAUAUUAAAGAAUAUACUUAAAAGUUA